CCGGGUGGUGCCGACACCAAAACCACCGGCAGCACCAGUGGCAGCACUGCCCGCGCAAGUGGUGGUGGCCUCGGCAAUGCCACCUCAUCAGCUGCAGCUCCAGCCGCAGCCGCAGCAGCAGCAGCUGCUGCUGCAGCUGCAACCCCAACAGCUGAUGCAACAACCUCAGCAGACGCCACUGUUCGGGGACGGGGUCCCUGGAGGGAUUGCUGUUGGCGACGGCGUCGUAACUGAGGGGGUGUCGAACCCGCUUUCCUCAGCGUUGCCGCUGCCAGACGUGCUCCAGGAGUUGCAGCAGUGGAUGGCUUCAAUCGGGCUGAACCCAGGCCCUAGGGACGCAGCGGGGUUCAGCGAGCGGGGAAAUUUCAGGUGGGUGGUGACCCACGGAUCCGGGUUCCACCAUCUGCCGGAGUUGAUCGGGCAGCACAAGCUACAGCUGCCGGACCACCUGCGCUCCUGGACCGACGCGGCGCGCAUGUGCGGAUGGGAAGCCGAACGACUAAACGUCGGCAUCGCAGCCUACAACGCUGCGGCCACCGGGCAGGAAGGAAGCGGCGGCGGCGGCGGCAGCGGUGGCCGCCACGCGCCGCGUUCGGGGUCUCGAGGGGCGGGGGCGGCGGCUGAGUCGGCGGGAGCGAGGAGUCGGGGCAGGAAGAAACCAACGAUUAAGCACUCGCUGCCGCAGUCGGGCCUGCCCGGCAUGCUCAAGUUUCUCGGGUGCCCCAAGGAGCCGGACAUCGCGCACCGUACCCGGCGCGGCAUGAACGUGGUCGAAUCCCUCGCCCAGUGCGUGGUGUGCAUGGUCCGCCUCGGGAUCCCGAUACCGGUGACCUCUCGCAUCACCCAGGAGUGGGCUGGCGGCGGGGGUUACGCCGGCUGCCACCACAACGAGCUCUCGAUCGACCAGCCCCAGGUGGUGCUGAAGGUCGUGCGGUACGGCCCAGACGGCUUGCCCGCCGAGGGUGCCGUGGCCGCCGCCGGGACGGGUCCAGUGGUGCGGCUGGGGCCUCAGGGGGUGAUGGGAGGAGGACCGCUCAUUAUGAAUGCUCCGAAUCCGACCGCCGGAAUCAAUGGGAGCGCUAGCGGGGCGCCGACGCAGCAGCAGCCGCAGAAGACGAAGAAGAAGAAGAACAAGCAAGGCAGCGCCCACAACGGCGUGAGCGCUAACGGUGUGCAUGCCGAGGGACCUCCUUUCGUGGGCGGCCCUGCCCAGCACCAGCACCAGCAGCACCAGCUCCGGCCCGGUGCACGUCCAGGUGACGGGCUAGGAGGAGGGCCGCAGUGGCAGAAUGGAGCACUGGGAGGAGGGUGGGUUGGCGGGGCGGCCGGGGUUGGAGGGGGUAGAGGCCAGCCGAUGCCGCACUGGCGACAAAACGUUCCCAUCAACUCCCUAGCCCCCGAUUACCUAGACUACUUCGUCCGGGAGAGGGAGCGCCAGUACUACAAGUCGGCAGGGAUCCUCCCGUACCGCCGUGAUCCCUCGUCGGGAGAGGUGUGGGUGCUGGUGGGCAGCGAGAUCCGGAAGAACAAGCUGGUCGUGAGCUGCUUGGGGGGGAAGAGGGAAGACAGCGAUGCCGGACCGGAGCACACCGCUUGGCGGGAGUUCUGGGAGGAGUCCGGAAAGGUCCUCGGCGACGAUGAGCGCGCGAAUUUCUUAACGACCUGCUUCGAGGGCCGCGCCCGGGCGAUGUGGAUGCAGAGCGCGAAGAUGGCUGUGAUCGCGUGCGAGCUCGGCAGCCCGGACCUGGUGUCACUCCCCCGCCGCUUCGGGCUCGGCGACCCGGGCGUCGACAAGCGCGACACGUCGAUGAUUGCCCUGCACUGGGUCUCCGCCACGGAGCUCCACAACGCCUGCAACAAGCGCGGCGGGACGGUGGUCGUCUGGGGGCCCGCAGUCCCGCAGCAGAGCGUGGCCCCGUCCCCGCAGCAGCAGCAGCAGCAGCAGCAGCAGCAGCAGCAGCAGCAGAUGAAUGGGACGGGGGAGGAGCGGCCGGGCGGCCUGAGCAGGCGGCAGCAGAAGAAGCUGCAGCGGGAGGCGGGGCGAGGAGGCGGCAGGGGCAGUGGCGGGGGCGGAGGUCGCGGUGGCCGCGGUGGCCGCGGCGGCGGGAACGGAACGGCGGCUUCUCUACAGCUUCCUCUACACCAACAGCAGCAGCAGCAGCAGGUGCAUCCGAUGGCCCCGCAGAUCGUGCCCACCGCGGUCGAGCCCUACCCGCUCCUGAAGAGCCUUGUGGCUGAUCAAGCCUUCCAGCUGUUCUUCGCCCAGCUCGCGGCCGCUGGGAACAGUAAUCAGCGCUUUGUCCCGGUGUUAAACGGCACGGCGUAGAACGCUGCGUUUGCGAUGGAUUUGUCAUGUCCUGGUUGGUUGGAUCCGGAGCGCCUGGAAGGAGGGGCGGCCUGGGGGGUGUAACAGCGGAGGAUGAACGGGACCCAGUGUCUGCAAAGAGAGUUCAUGGUGGUGUAUGAAUUCGAAACAUGCUGUGCAUGUGCCGGUGUAGUUGAGUGGCCCGGGAUUUGCUCGGAAUAGGCCUAGUUUAGCUAGUGUUACAGUUGGGUAAAUCGCAGUGCAUUUGUGUAUGUAAUCUUGUGAAGAAGGCACGGGUUGCGUGCAGCUGUGCUCGAUAUAUGCACCCGUGGGCGC